AUGACACCAUCUGUCAAUGGGGUCAUAAAUAAAAUAUUUUAGUUGUAACUGGUUAAACUUAAAUAUGCUAUUAUCUAUUUAACUAUAAGCUAUAUUUUUCUGAUCAGCCUCAAACAGAAGCUGCUCUGUGAGCAUCUGGGUGUUUGAGAUAAUUCACAGCAGGGGGCUGAUUGUAAACUAGUGUCUUUUAAAACCGCUGUGGUGUUACAUAAACUACAGAAAUGAAACCAACUGUGUUCAUAAAAACAAUCACAGAUAUAUGUUGUCACUUACAAAAGAAAACAAGACGAAUGAUAUAAGUAUAAUAUUGUCUGUGCAGAUACAACUAAGAACAUCUGAUGAGUUUACAAAAUCUCAGUCAUUAGUUGACACUAGCGAAGAAAUUUUUUUGAACGAGUGUAUGAAGAGACAAAAGUGUGAAGACUACCUAAGUUUGAAAAGCAAAUGUUUGUUUAAGAAAAUACACAUGUAAGAAACAGCUGAUGAACUUACAAAAUCUCAGUCAUUAGUUGACACUAUCUAAAAUAUUUUGAAUAAGUGUAUGAAGAGACAAAAGUGUGAAGACUAACUAAGUUUGAAAAGCAAAAGUUUGUUUCAAAAAAUACAUGGGUAAGUACAUCUGAUGAAAUUUACAAAAUCUCAGACAUUAGUUGACACUAGCGAAGAAAAAACUUUGAACAAGUGUAUGAAUAGACAAAAGUGUGAAGUCUAACUAAGUUUGAAAAACAAAAUGUUUGUUUAAGAAAAUACACAAGUAAGAAACAUCUGAUGAAUUUACAAAAUCUCAGACAUAAGUUGACACUAACAAAUAAAAACUAUGAACAACUUAUCGAAAGACAAACGUAUGAAGACUGCCUAAGUUUGAAAAACAAAAUGUUUGUUUAACAAGUUAACAGACAAAGAUCAUGGGCGGCCUCGCCAUUACAGCCGAACGCUAACUGUUUACAUUCCUUGCUCAUUUAAACAAUACUUAGUCAACAAUGUGGUCAACCAAUACACCGUUUGAAAGAUAAAAGUACACCGAUUCAUAUGCGUUUAUGCAUUCAACAAUAUAAAUAACUUAGAAGGAGUUUUUGGUUAUUCUGUAUGAAUAGUCAAACAAUGCAAAGCUAUAACAAAGCGGACGAAUCCUUACCUUUUGUGUUAUAGCAUCGAGAUGUCUGGUCAAAUAAUGGUAACAUGUAUUGCUCUUCUAAGAAAAGUAGUCCAGUAUCCAAUAUCCAUAGUAAAUAUUUGCACAAAACACACUGACCGGUAAAAAAAAGGGUUUAUAUGUCCAUUGUUUACAUCCCUGAUAUCCAGUAAACAUGACGUCAUACUCCCGUUCACUUGACGAUUAUUUCUUUCUAACACAUUUUCCGAUAAAUCCAAACUCGUCAGCGCAUCUAGUAGAGUGUUCUAAACAAAAUUAGAGUAGUUCAAGUCAUUUCUGAUAAAAACUACCCUCGCAAACUUGUAAAAUAGUGAAAGGGGGCGUGUGCUCCAGGUAGCGUUUGCUUGUGCGUAUGCAACAGUUUUUUAUAAAAAAAAUGGACAAAUGACCAAUUGAAAUCAUGUAGUGUCUUGUGACGUGUAGCUAAUGAUAUGACGGAUACGCCCAUGUGCAGAUUUGCAUAAUGGCUUUCAUAUUACAGUGUUGUUAUAUGUGCGUAAACAUUAGCUCUCCAGAGAGUUGCGCACUCGUGCUUGUGACACAUACGGCUUUGAGAUUCACCUGCUUGUUAGCACUAUACUGACAAUGGACCAGCGACGUGGACAGAAGUUUUUUUCUCCUACUGCUGCGUUGGAAGAACUUAUGCGAAGCAGUGAUGAAGAAAAUGUUGAGGAUUCCGAAGAAGAAAGUGUUUCCAGUAUCGACUCGGAACAAGAGGAAAUGUUUUUAGACGGUCUUGAUCCUUUUUUAGAUCGGGAUGCUGACACUUCUGAUGAAGAGUGGUUACCAGAGGCCUCUGGACCACAGACAAAGCAUUCCUGCCCGUCUAAAACAUCUUCACCUGCCUUCACCGGUGCCAAGGGAAGAGGAAAGAAAAGGACACGGAUAGAAUCUACUCCAUCUGACUCACCCAGUACUUUAUGUGUUGCUUUAAGAGAGUGGGCGGGGUUCACAGUGGUGGGCAGGGCUGAAGAGCUUCAUGGAUGAGCUGUGUUCAGUAUUCUCACGCAUUGUUAAAAGGAGGUCAGUAAAGGUUUCAUCUAGCAAGGACCAUGGCAGCUCCAUUCAGAUUACUUGUUGAAGAUUAUCCAAGAUACCUCAAAUCAUUUGAACUCUUUCUGGAUCGCUCAUCAGAGCACCAAUGUAUGCAGGACUUCAUCCAUAAUACUCUACCAGACAUACUGGGAAGCAUUGGUGGAGGACGGGCCAUUUUUAAUGUAAUGGGAGUAGGGAGUGGUACAGGUGAGAUUGAUUUAGAGAUGCUAGCACAGCUACACAUGAAACAUCCGCAAGUCAAAGUUAACAAUGAAGUGGUGGAACCGAGCACUGACAUGUUACACAAGUAUAAAGUUCUGGUGUCAAAAACGCCAAAUCUUGAUUAUAUUAACUUCACAUGGAAUAAGAUGACAGCUUCAGAAUUUGAAAAACACUGGCAGGAGAAAAACCUUGGGAAAAAGAUGGACUUCAUUCACUUGAUACAGAUGCUGUAUUAUGUGAAAGAUCCAGAGGCCACUGUCUCAUUUUUCCGGAGUCUCUUAGAUAAAGAUGGAAAACUCUUAAUCAUUCUGGGGUCAGGUGAGGGUGGAUGGGCGAAAUUAUCGAAGACUUAUAGAGCUGCUCUCUGUAACCCUGAGAUCAGCCAGUGUGUCACUACUGGAGAUAUAAAGACCUUCUUGGAUACCAAGGACAUCCAAUACAGUAAUUAUGUGCUUCAGUCCCAAAUGGACAUCACAGAGUGUUUCACAGAGGGAGAUGAGGUCGGAGAACUGCUGUUGGAUUUCCUAACUCAAGUGGUAGAGUUCAGUAAGAACGCUCCUGAGGACCUGAAGAAAGGAGUGCUGGACUUACUGAGACAUCCCGACUGCAGUAAAGAGGUGGACGGCAGGAUAAUGUUCAAUAGUAGCGUGGAAGUUGUAGUGGUUGAGCCGUAGCCCCAUGACUCCUUAAUAUCUGACCUCACCUCCAAAGGACUUUUGUGUUUAGCAUUCAAUUUCAUGCCAACGCAGAAUGUGUCCUAUUUUUUUAUUUGAAUUCCUGUACCAAAAGUAUGGUGGUCUGGCUUAUCAUAACAUAUAAAACAUAAUAAACAGUAAUUUCAUAGCUUGGGCAUCACAA